AUGCUUCAAACUAAUAUCCUUCCCUUAAUCACCUUCAUCUUCUGGUCAAGGUGGACUCUUAUUAACGUCGUCGUUUCAGACCCACAGGCCGAUCUUCUAACCGAUUUGUGCAACCCAUCGGCCGAAUUCCUCGUGACCAACGUCACCAUCUUCGAUGAAAACCUAAAUGCAACGUUGCGAGGCAUCAGAGAGCAGAUCAGUGAUCAAAACAAGCACUUCGCCACCGCACAGCAAGCUGCCAAUGGUGGAAACACCGUCUCUACCCUUUUUCAAUGUAGAAGCUAUCUUUCCGUCGCCGACUGUGUCGCCUGCUUCGACGUGGCGGCCACUCAAAUCCUCAGCUGUCCUGCCGGCGACCCUGGUGGCCGUGCUAUCUACGACGGAUGCUACCUCAGGUACGACAUUAGUAGCGCUUUCUUUAGUGACACAGCAGAGCCUAUCAAUAGUGCAUCAUGUGGGAAUCAGACUACAACAGAAGAACCUUCUACUGCAUUUACCUCAGCUGUUCAACAAAUUCUAAUGAAUCUCCAAACAGCAACUCCCAGAAUAAGUGGCUUCUCUGCCGCCACAAAGACGCAACUUCCUAAUAAUGCUUCCACUAUUUAUGCAUUCGCUCAGUGUAUUGAAACCAUCACUCAAAGUAAGUGUGAGAAUUGCUUGAAUUCCAACUACAAUAGUAUGCAGACUUGUCUUACCAAUUCAGAGGGUAGGGCUUAUGCCAAUGGCUGUUUCUUGAGAUAUUCCACCACUCCCUUCUUUCCUCAUAAUCAGACCAUUGAUAUCACACCCUCCUUCGAGCAGCAAGGUUCAAGCAAUAAGGGAGCCAUUGUAGGUGGUGUUGUUGGAAGCGUAGUAGUUCUUGCUUUGAUCUUUGCAGUAUAUGUCCGGAGUAGACGACUGAAAAAAAGGUCCAGGAGGGUUCCUAGAGGUCAAAUGAAAGGCUCGCUCAACUGGAAGCAACGAUAUGGUAUCAUUUUAGGCACAGCAAGAGGUCUAGCCUAUUUACAUGAGGAAUUUCAUGUUUGUGUCAUACACAGAGAUAUAAAGCCUAAUAACAUUCUCUUGGAUGAUGACCUUCAACCUAAGAUUGCUGAUUUUGGAUUGGCAAGAUUUCUACCUGGGGACAAAUCUCAUCUUAGCACUAAAUGUGCAGGAACAUUGGGAUACACAGCACCGGAGUAUGUAAUUUAUGGCCAAUUAUCUGAAAAGGCUGAUGUCUAUAGUUAUGGUGUAGCAAUGUUAGAGAUUAUCAGUGGGCAAAAAAGUAAGGAACUAGCGAUCAAUGGUGAUAAUGAAGGGGAAUACCUCCUCCAAAAGGCUUGGAAGCUAUAUGAAAGAGGUAUACAUGUGGAGCUAGUAGAUGAGACCUUAGACCCUAAUGAUUAUGAUGUCGAAGAAGUGAAGAAAGUCAUAGAGGUUAGUUUGCUUUGCACCCAAGCAUCUGCUGAAAUAAGGCCAACAAUGUCCGAAGUUGUUGUCUUACUCCAAAACAAGGACUUGUUAGAGAAUAUGAAACCCACAAUGCCUGUCUUGAUUGAAACAAAUUAA